UACGAACUCAAAACAGAUGUUUUGACAUUUGACUCUGCUCAAAAUGACAUUGUAAAUCAAAUAAAAAAGUCUUCUCAGCUAUUUGCAUUCUUGGUUGUGUAAAAAUGGCAUCAAAAUUGUUGAGAAUAUCAAAAAAAUUCACGACCAUUUCUCAACGCCUGAAGAGUUCACAUAGUGGCGAUUUCCAAGCAGCAUUAGCGAGCUUAAAUAUACCAACUGAAUUGACUGUAGCCAACAACAACUUGAGAGUUGCAUCACAAUCAACAGAUUCGGAUACAACCACUGUUGGUUUGUUCAUUGACGUUGGUGCGCGUUACGAGGAAGCAAAUAACAAUGGUGCUGGUAACUUAGUUCAACGCUUGCUUUUCAAAGGCACCACGAAACGCGCUCAAGCCGAUUUGGAAUCCGACAUCUCCAGUUUGGGGGCACGUUUGUUCUCGACCACAUCACGUGAACGAAGUGCAAUCUAUGCAACGUGUUUGACAAAGGAUGUUCCAAAGAUCGUUGAAAUUUUGUCGGAUGCUAUUCAAAAUCCGAAAUUGAGCAGCGAAGAUCUAGCCAAGGUGCGUAGUGAAAUUUUACGUGAAGCUGACGAAGUGGAAAGCAAUGUCCAAGAUGUUGUCUUUGAUUACCUUCAUGCCACCGCAUACCAAGGCAGCCCAUUGGGCCAAACCGUCUUGGGCCCCCGAGAAAAUAUCCAAUCACUUACGCCAAAUGAUUUGAAAUAUUAUAUCGAUACGCAUUUCAAAGCAUCACGUAUUGUUUUGGCUGCUGCAGGAGGUGUGAAACACAAUGAAAUUGUACAAUUGGCACAACAACACCUGUCAAAAUUGGAAAAUAGCUUUGAUGGUGAACCACCGGUUUUGUCAAGAUGCCGUUAUACUGGAUCGGAAGUUCGUCUUCGUGAUGACUCACUUCCAUAUGCCUAUAUUGCAUUGGCCGUUGAAGGACCAGGAUGGAACAGUCCGGACAGAAUUCCAUUGCUUGUUGCCACCAGCGCAAUUGGUGCAUACGACCGUUCCCAGGGCAAGCUUGGAGAAAAUUCAACAUACGAAAUUUGUCACAACUACCAAGGCUUCAACGUAACAUAUAGCGACACCGGACUGUUUGGCGUGUAUUCAGUCUGCGAACCAUUGCAAUGUGAUGACAUCUCAAAGGCUGUUUUGGAAGCAUGGCAUCGUGUCAGCUACAGCAUCACUGAUGCCGAACUUGACGAAGCCAAAAACCGCUUGAUCACGCAAUUGUUGAACCAACAAAGCACUACAAAGGGAAAUUGCGAGGAUAUCGGAAACUCUAUUUUGUCAUUCGGUCGUCGUGUACCAUUGAAUGAAUUGGCAGCAUCUAUUGAAAAUGUAUCAAACCAAACUGUGCGUGAUGUAACCGAUAAAUACACAAACAAUAAAUGUCCAGUUAUUUCCGCGGUUGGACCAGUAGAAAAUCUGACUGACUAUAUUAACAUCCGUACAAGAAUGUACUGGGCUCGUGUAUAAAACCAUGUCAAUGUGUAAAUAUAAAUAGUCUAUGUGUUUGUUAAUAGACAACCAAUUUUAAACGAACAUCUAUGCCAAAUAAAAGAAAACAAUUUAAAAUUAAA